AUGCGUACCAGCGUUCUUCGGUCCAUCUUACUCCUGAGUGGUCUGGUCACCGCUCAAGGGACCGACGCCCCAGCUUCCAGUCCAGCUCCUGGUCCAGCUCCUGACCCGGCUCCUGCCACUGUAGGGGCUGAUGGCUCCGCUUUGUCUCCGUCGGACACUCUGUGCCUCUUGCACAAAGAGCUUUGCUUGAACCCGCCGGACAAGCCCAAGCCCACGCCCCCAUACGAGAAGACGUCCGUCACGACGCAGACCAUCGUCUCUAUCGAGACAAGCCAAGGGCAGACUCGGACCAUCACCGUGGGCCAGACCAUCACAGUCACCAAUACUGAAAAGGAGCCUCCAAAGCCAACACAGCCUCCACCAGAGCCGAAGCCCUCGACAGUGACGGAGCGUCCACAGCCCACAACAGUGACCCAACCCGGCCAGGAGACGACUAGGACCAUCACAGAAUCGCGCCCCAACCCGACGACAACGGUAGUCCAGCCAUCUCCGGAGCCACCCAAGACCCCGCCCACGGUGUCGUCAAAAGAGACCACCAGACAGUCCAGCCAGACCCAGCGGCCGACAACGACAUUCUCAACCGGCAGGCCCACGGAGUCGGGUAGGACGAGCCGGCAGAGCCAGACUGGACCUGGCCCAAGUGGCCGUCCGACGUCGACGAGGCCGGUUGUCACGGUGGGCGAGGCCGCACGUGCGACUGGGGCUGUGAUGAUUGGGGCGCUGCUGGGCGGUGCUGCCGCGAUAAUGAACAUUUAG